ACUCCCCCAUUGUCUUUCGGAGCCACUCUCGGCAUCUGUCUCUGUCUCUCUCUCAGACUCUCUCUCGCUCUUCUAAAUCCCAGUUGAUUUUUCUCUGCAACUUCUUGGUCCUCCUUUUGGUCUAGAUGUCUGGUCGUGGAGGUGGUCGGCGGUCGGAGUACCGUGGUGACCAACCGUCACGUAGAGGUCGUGACGGAAGGUCUGGUGGGAGGUCUGGGGGAAGGUCUGGCGGCAAUCCCCCGCCUUCUUCGUCGUUGACGUCGACGACGCCUUCGCCGGCGAUCUAUGAAGUUGGUUCAUCUUCAUCUUCUGCUACCGCUUUAAGCCAGGACGUAGGUCGUAUCACAUUGCAUACUCCGGCUUCAUCAGAGUUGCAACCGGUUCCUCGGGCUCCUCCUGCCUCGACCCAGGCUUUACCUGUACAGCCACCGCUGCCUCCGCCGUCGUCUUCAAAGGCUCUGGGGUUUCCAUCAAGACCUGGUUAUGGUACCAAAGGAAGCAAAUGUAUUGUGAAAGCUAAUCAUUUCCUUGUCCAUGUUGCAGACAGUGACCUUCAUCACUACGAUGUUGCAAUCUCUCCUGAAGUGAUCUCAAAGGGUGUAAACCGUGCUAUAAUGAGACAACUAGUUAGUUUGUAUGGAGUUUCUCAUUUGGGAAAGUGUAAUCCAGCUUAUGAUGGUAAAAAGAGCCUUUUUACUCCAGGGCCUCUGCCCUUUGAUUCCAAAGAUUUUGCUGUCAAGCUAGUUGACAAAGAUGACCGGACUACAUCAACAAGGAGGGAACGUGAAUUUAAGGUGACCAUCAAGUUUGCCUCAAAAGCUGAUCUUUAUAACUUAAAGCAAUUCUUGCUUGGUAGACAAAAGGAUGCUCCAUAUGAGACCAUACAAGCUCUUGAUGUGGUCCUAAGAGAGUCGCCAUCCGUCAAGUAUACUAUUGUGGGACGGUCAUUUUUCAGUCCUGCUCUGGGGCAAAGAUGUGAAAUCGGUGAUGGGUUAGAAUGUUGGAGGGGGUACUAUCAGAGUCUUCGCCCUACCCAGAUGGGCCUGUCCCUCAAUUUAGAUGUAUCUGCCACAUCCUUUUAUGAGCCUAUACCAGUGGUUGACUUUGUGAAGAAGUACCUCAACGUUAGAGACCAUUCAAGACCAUUAUCUGAUGUUGAUCGUGUUAAGAUUAAGAAAGCGCUUAGAGGUUUGAAAGUUGAGUUGACUCACACCCCAGGCGUUAAGAGAAAUAAGAUAACUGGGAUUACGGCUGUUCCUACUAGUCAAUUGACAUUUGUAGAUGAACGGGGGACGACAGUGUAUGUUGUUCGGUACUUCCAAGAGAGGUAUAAAACUAGGCUUCAGUAUACCCAUUGGCCAUCUGUCCAAGCUGGGAGUGAUUCAAAGCCCAGAUAUUACCCUAUGGAGGUCUGCAAAAUCAUUGAGGGGCAGCGCUUUUCUAAGAAAUUAAAUGAGAGGCAAGUGACAAACAUCCUAAGGGAGACAUGCAAGCGACCCCAAGAUAGGGAACGGAGUAUAAUUCAGAUGGUUAGGCAGAACAAUUAUAGUGAGAAUGAAUUUGCAAUUGAAUUUGGGAUUCAAGUGAAGGAUGCGCUUACAUCUGUUGAAGCCCGUGUUCUUCCCCCUCCCAUGCUCAAGUAUCAUGAGACUGGGCAAGAGACGAGGGUUCAACCUCGUGUGGGGCAGUGGAACAUGAUGAGAAUGAAAAUGGUCAAUGGUGCCCAAGUGAGAUUUUGGGCAUUUGUUAACUUCUCUUCGCAAAUUCCCCCUGAUAUAGCAGCUCAGUUCUGUCAGGAACUAGUUGGAAUGUGUCGCAGCAAAGGAAUGGAUAUAAGUCAAAAUCCUGUACUUAAUAUUAUGAGAGGUCGAGCUGAUCAGAUGGAGAGGACUCUUAUUGAUGUUAGUGACCAGUGCACCAAGAAGCUCAGUCCGAUGCAGGGCCACCUUCAGCUGUUGAUAGUUAUUUUACCGGAUUUUAGUGGGACAUAUGGAAAGAUUAAGCGGGUAUGUGAAACCGAGCUUGGAAUUAUCUCACAGUGCUGCCAACCAAGGCAAGCAAGAAAGUUGAGUAAGCAAUAUAUGGAGAAUGUAGCCUUGAAGAUCAACGUUAAGGCUGGUGGACGAAAUACUGUUUUGAAUGAUGCUGUUCAAAGAUCUAUACCUCUUGUCACCGAUAAACCCACAAUUAUCUUUGGGGCUGAUGUGACCCAUCCUCAAAGUGGGGAAGAUUCUAGUGCUUCAAUUGCUGCGGUUGUGGCAUCAAUGGACUGGCCAGAGGUCACUAAGUACCGGGGUCUGGUCUGUGCACAACAACAUCGCCAGGAGAUUAUUGAGGACCUUUUUCAGUUUGUAGAGGAUCCGAAACGGGGCCGGGUUGCUACAGGGAUGAUCCGCGAACAACUGAUAGCAUUUAGGAGAUCAACUGGGCACAAGCCUUCUAGGAUCAUCUUCUAUCGUGAUGGUGUUAGUGAAGGACAGUUUAGUCAAGUUUUGCUUUAUGAGAUGGAUGCUAUACGGAAGGCUUGUGCUUCGUUGGAGGAAGGAUACCUUCCACCAGUUACAUUUGUGGUGGUGCAGAAAAGGCAUCAUACACGUUUGUUUCCUGCCGAUCAUAACAACCGUAAUCAAACUGACAGGAGUGGAAACAUUUUACCUGGCACUGUUGUUGAUACAAAAAUUUGCCACCCCACUGAGUAUGAUUUCUACCUUUGUAGCCAUGCUGGGAUACAGGGUACUAGCCGACCUACACACUACCAUGUUUUGUUUGAUGAAAACCGUUUCAAUGCUGACAAUUUGCAAACUCUUACCAAUAAUCUUUGCUAUACGUAUGCGAGGUGUACUCGUUCCGUUUCAGUAGUACCUCCUGCAUAUUAUGCACAUUUAGCAGCAUUCCGGGCGAGGUAUUAUGUGGAAGACGAUGCAUCUGAUAGUGGGUCUAGUUCAGUUGGUGGUAGGAACACCCGGGAGCGGGGUACCCAUGUACGACCUCUUCCUCAGAUUCAUGGGAACGUCAAGGAAGUAAUGUUUUACUGCUAGGGAUCAUUAGUUCAAUGAGAAGUGGCAUUUUAUUUUGACCUUUUUGUGAAGUGGUGGAAAAGUCAAAGUUAAACAUUUCAAUAUGGCAAUUUGAUGCUGAUGGUUAUCUUAUAUCAUUUUAGAUUUUUGAGUUGAGUGCUGAAUUGUAUCACUAUGGAAAUGACUUCCUCUUGCAUCGGCCAUCUUGGUUUGCCAUUUCAAUGUAAUUGUGGACUGGUUGCUAAAGACCGUCUACAUUUUGUUCAGAUUGAAAGACUUAGUAUAUGUCAUUUUCCUCCUAA